AUGAGAUCACCAUACACUCCAUCACAAUCCGGUGCUGACCAUACUUGUUCUCCUCCUCCAGCAGGCACUCCGACGGUGACCAGGGCGGGGGGCAACGUCACCCUGGCCUGUCCUGCCGCCCGGGAUACGUACGUCCUGCUGCUGGAGUGGCGGUGUCGUGGGUGCGAGCUGCCCUCUGACCCUGUGGCGCCGCACGAGGUCAGCCUGGUGGAGUACAGAUCAGAGUCGGUGACCUUGUUCCACCACGACUCCCGGAUGUCCCUAAACCCGACCAACUACAGCCUGUCGUUCCGGCCUGUGCUCGCCUCCGACUCCGGGACCUACGUGUGUCGCGUCAACAACCGAGAUGACUCGGAGCUCCCCAUCAAGCUCAUCGUGCAAGGUAAGGGGGACUGGAGGCUGGAUGAUGGGUAUACGUUGGCUGGUUUUGUUGUAUUUGUGGGUUUGUUUCGUUUGAUUGUUUGUGAAGGGGUUACAUUUGGGUGUUUGUUUGUGUGUGGGGUGUAUGUGUUCGUGUGUGUAUCGGUUUGUUUUUUGGCAGUUUGAAUAUUUUUAUUUCUGUCUUUGUUUUGUUUUUUCUUUUUCCUGGUAUGACCCUCCCACUUUUCUUCAUUUCCUCUUUUCUCUUUUGCGUGUCUCGGUUUCUUGCUUUACAUUUUUGCGGCUUGCUUCCUUUUCCUCUUCGUAAAAUAUUUUUUACUCACGUUCCACCUCUCUCCCCAUUCUACUUUUAUCAUUCUUUCUUUCUUUGUCCC